AUGUGUCCCUACCGCAAGACCAUCUUCGAGUGCAACCACUCCGUGCUCAGCCGGACGCCAAUCCACCUGUGUCCGACAGCGCAGCGCGCCCUAGACGCCUCUACCGAGUUGCCCACGCCUCCGCGUACCCCCCCUGCCCCUAAAUCCUCUGCCUCUUCUUCUCCCACAUCCUCCCCCUCCCCCUCAACGUCACCCACAGCCUCCUCCUCCCCAGUCCCAUCCUCCUCCACCCCUACCCCAGCUCCUCCACCCCCAGCAGCGCCGCUAUGCGAAGAAACCACAACCCACAGCCGGCACACGCUCCGCGUCCCGCGCCCGUGCCCGCGGUGCGCGGACAAGAAGCAGGCGCUGGACGCCGUGCUAUCGCGCGCGAAGAAGCACAUGCGCGAGCUGCGCGAGCACCUCGACGCGGCGUACGGGCAGUGCAUGAAGCAUCUGGACGAGGCGGGGCUCGGAGUUGAGGCGGAGGAUGACGAUGGUGGUAGGAUCGAGUCUGCUGGGGGUGGUGGUGGUGGUGGUGGUGACAAGGAGACCGGGGGGAGCGCAGCAACAACAACGGCGAAGUCUGGUGGUGGUGGUGGUGGUGGUGGUGGCAAAGCCGAUGCUGCAAAGGAAGGAAGACAGAGACGGACGCCGGAGGAGCUGGACGCGGCGCGGGAGUUCCUGCGGAAAAAGGGGCUGGAGAGCCACGCGCACCUGAUGAUGUUCUGGGAGUCGGAGGAGGCGGCCGAGACGUGGGAUGAUGUGGAGUAUGUCACUGGUAUGGAGGCGCUUCAGCAUUCUUUCAUGUAA